AUGCCAUUUGAAGCGGGUCCAUACUGGAAGAGUAAAGACGAACUGACUUUUUCUGACCGACUACUACUAAAAGGUCCUAGGCUGGUAAUUCCAAAAAAAUUACAGAAAGAUAUAUUACGCCGAAUCCAUGACGGACACAUAGGCAUAAACAAAUGUAGAUCCAGAGCUAAGGAGUCGGUAUGGUGGCCAGAACCUUUAAUUCCUUCUACUCCUCCAACUCGACCUUGGGAGAAGGUAUCUACAGAUCUUUUUGAAGUUAGAGGUAAACACUUUCUAUUAGUCACAGACUAUUACUCAAGAUACCCAGAAGUUUGUGAAUUACCUUGCUUGACUUCUUCAGCAACGAUAGACAGUAUCAAACCCAUAUUCGCCAGACAUGGCAUACCUGACCUUGUGAUUAGCGACAAUGGUCCACAGUAUUCAUCAUCAGAAUUUAAAUCAUUUGCUGCUGACUACGGCUUUAAGCAUGAAACAAGUAGUCCCCGCUAUCCGCAGGCAAACGGCGAAGCAGAGCGAAUGGUACAGACGAUGAAAAACUUACUGGAAAAGUCUUCAGAUUUCAACAUUGCUCUACUAACCUAUCGUAACACAUCGGGGCCAACGGGAUAUAGCCCUGCUCAACUAUGUAUGGGACGAUCUCUCCGAACUCGACUUCCAGUUCACCCUAAACAAUUACGUCCAAAAUGGCCAAACGGGAAAGAGCAUUUACAAAAAGACAUUUCCCGUAAAGAAAAAGAAAAAGCGGCCUUUGAUCGAAAACAUGGUGCUUAUGAAUUGCGUCCUCUAAGCAUAGGUGAGAAAGUUUGGAUUCCAGACUCCAAAACAGCGGGAAUCAUUGCUUCUCCGGCAAAGACACCAAGGUCCUACAACGUCCUGACUCCCAGAGAUGAAAUUCGUCGAAAUCGCCAACACCUAAUUCCGAUGCCCGAACCAGAAGAGACCGAGGAAACAAUCAAUGUUCCCGAGGCUGCAACAGAGGCGCUAGAAACUGUGUUUCCAGAGACUCCUCCAAUUCAGGACUGUCCUACACCCAAGACUAUUACCCAUAAACAAACUCGUUCUGGUAGGGUUGUCAAACCACCAGAACGUUUAGAUCUUUAA